UACAUUUGCUUCAGUGGGCAGUCUGCUAGCACUGUUACCUUUGCCACGCUGGUCUUCUGGAGACACCGAAAAUUUGGGAGCACCCUGUGUGGCAGAUUCCUGACUGUGAUAACGAAGGACAAUGUUCACCAUGUCGGCGGAGAGUGAUCUGCUAAUUCGGCGAGAACAAAGAACAGACACCCAAAGCCACCUACAAGAUGACCAAAACCACGAAAGUCUGAAAUGGAAGGCUCCAAUACGUGACAAAAUCGUACACUCUCCUUAUCUGGAAAGGCCUGUUCCACGCGUAUCUAUACACGCCGCGGUGCGAGAUGCUCUCCGACAGUUAGGCCCACAGGUUGUCAUGAUAGAUCAGGACGUGAGCAUCACUGCUGCUCAGCUCCUCGAUAAAAUGGAAGCUUACGCGACAGCAUUUCGAUCACAUGGAGUGAAAGCGGGAAGCCGUAUUUGCUGUCACUUUGCCAACGGUAUUGAGUCCUUCGCAGCCCUCUUCGGUGCCAUAUUCGCCGGAGCGGUUGCUGUGCUUGCCGAUGACGAGCUCACCAAAGAUGAAGUGCUUUUUUACGCGAAAGAUGGCAACUCCGAAUAUGUUCUCACUGACAAAAGAAAUGCUGAGAAAUUCAAGGAUAUCAAACCAACUCUCAAGAGGUGCUUUGUCCUAGGCGGCGAUGUUCCGGGAUUCCAGUCAGUCUCCGAGUUUCAAGCCGCGAAGGAAAGCACCUUGCUAGACAUUCACUACAAGGGAACAACCGAAGCUUGGUCUGCUGCUAUUUCUUUUUCUUCGGGCUCAACGGGAACCCCCAAGAAGAUACUGAUCACGCACUACACAUUUGUUUCUAGUAUUACCAUCUUCAGGUCAUGUAAUCUGCUACAGCCCGGUGACCGCUACGUCCUCUUAGAGUCCAUGGUACAUGCCUUCGGCUUCUUCUUCACGAUGUACGCUGCGUGUCUUGGAGCUACGAUGGUUGUGACACCGACGACCCCAGAAUCUGAUGAUUUAGCCGACAUAGUCAACAAACACAAGGUUCAAGUUAUAUGCUGUUUUCCGACGGUGCUAGCGCGGAUAUCGCGAGGUCUGGAGGCCAUGGGGCGACAAUUCAUGUCUGUCAGAAAGGUACUCUGCACGGGCGGAUCCAUCCCUCGAAAUGUCGGCGAGCGGAUUCUCCGCCAGCUAAAUCUCACAGACUUCAAGAACUUCCUCGGCUGUUCGGAGGGACUGUCACCGUACUGUGUGCCUCCCCCAGGUGAAACAAACUACGAAUGCGUGGGCUUCCCGUCCCCCAACGUCCAGAUAAGGGUCGCUGACUGUCGCACAAGUGUAGCACUGGGACCGGGAGAACUAGGUGAGAUUUGGGUAAAAACGCCCGGUGCCACACCUGGUUACCUCAACCAAGACGACCAGCUUGAGUGCGUAGUGGAUCAGCAUGGCUGGCUGCACACUGGCGACGUAGGAUACUACAACCAAGACGGAAGAUUUUUCGUCAUUGACCGGCUCAAGAACAUUAUCAAAUGCCACGACUACAAUGUUGCGCCGCGAGAACUGGAAGCUAUCCUUCUGAGACAUCCAGCAGUUCUCGAAGCAUGCGUCAUAGGCAUUCCGGACGAAAAAGUGAGCGAAGCACCCACAGCGUUUGUUGUAUGCAGGAAAAGCGCGCUUGGUGGUCCACCUGUCACGGAAGGGGAACUGGUGGAUCUUGUUGCGAGCCAGACAGCGUACUACAAACACCUAUACGGCGGAGUCGUGUUUCUAGACGAGCUGCCCAGGACAGUCAACGGUAAAACAAGCCUGAGGAAAUUGCGGCUCCUGAAACCGUCUACAAUGGAUGCGAAUAAUGGGAAAAUGGAUGAACACAAUGUGUUAAAUAUCGAUCGAGAACUUUAAGAAGAAGGGUUUUUAAAAGUCUGAAUAACUUUUUUAUGCUGACUAUGCGACUAUUCUAUGUGCCUAGUGAUUUGCAUAUUUCCUCGUCAUGUUCAACUUGACGUGUAUUUGUAUUCUAUGCUCAGAAUAAAGAUUUUAUUGCUUUUAAUAAA